AUGGACUCCAACCUUAAGGACGGCGAUGCGAAGCAAAAUGGCUACACAAAAGUCCAUGAACCUGUGGCUGGUAUAUUUCUGGAAAAGACAAAAACAAAGAUAACAAUCUAUGAAGCCAUGAAGAAGCGUAUGCUUAAGCCAGGAACAGCACUGGCUCUGCUUGAAGCACAAGCUGCCACAGUAGGUAUUGUAGACCCAAUAAACAACCGAAAGCUUCCUGUAGAGGAUGCUGUUAAAGAGGGAAUAGUUGGAUCAGAGAUGAAAGAGAAACUCCUUAAAGCAGGGAAAGCCAUCACUGGGUAUGUAGACCCCUACACCAACCAAAUGAUAUCUGUAUUCCAAGCUAUGCAAAAAGAUUUAGUUCCAAGAGAUUAUGGAUUGAGGCUGCUGGAAGCACAGAUAGCCACACAGGGCCUGUUUGAUCCUGUCGAUAAGACAUAUAUUUCAGUUGACUCUGCAAUUCAGAAGGGCUACUAUCAAAAAGAUUUGCUGAAGGACCAGAUGUCAGAGCUCAAAGUGUUUUAUCAUCCAACUUUGCAACAAAAUCUUAACUACAGAAGCCUCCAAGAGCAAUGCAUUGUGGAGCCCGAUACAGGCCUGUUGCUUCUUCCUGUCUGCAUCACCUUCAAAGGUCUGCGCAAAGGCAUUUCCUCCACCCAGCUCCUUGAAUCAAAGAUCAUUGACAAAGAAACAUAUGAUGACCUGCAGAAGGGGAAAACCACAACACAGGAUGUGAUGUUGAUUGAAACAGUGAAAGAAUACCUGGAAGGCAAAGGCAGCAUUGCAGGCAUUGCUAUACUCUCAACCAAUCAGAGAAUGAGCAUUUAUAAAGCCAUGAAGCAAGGCAUACUGAUGCCUGGGACAUCGCUUGUUCUCCUGGAGGCACAAGCUGCUACUGGAUUCAUGAUUGAUCCUGUAGAAAAUAAGAGGUACACUGUGGAUGACGCUGUCAAAAACAAACUUAUUGGCCCAGAAUAUCAUGCAAAGCUGCUCUCUGCUGAGCGGGCAGUGACCGGAUACAAAGACCCAUACAACGGUGAAACUAUCUCCCUGUUUCAAGCACUCUCAAAAGACCUCAUCGUCAAAGAACAUGGAAUCCGCCUGCUUGAAGCACAAAUUGCUACAGGUGGAAUAAUUGAUCCAAUCAACAGUCAUAGACUUCCUACAGAAGUGGCCUUCAAGAGAGGUUAUUUUGAUGAACAAAUGAAUGCAAUAUUGGAGGAUUCAGGAGAUGACACAAAAGGCUUUUUUGAUCCAAACACAGAAGAAAAUCUAACCUAUCUUCAGUUGAUGGAAAGGUGUGUCACUGAUCCCACUACUGGACUGUGCCUCCUCCCUUUACGUGAUAAAUCAGACGGGGUAAAUUUCAGUUUCAUUGACUACCAAACUAAAACGGCUUUCAAGGCAGAGAAAGUGAAAGUGACAUAUGGCAAAUACAUGGGAAUGACAGUAUCUCUGUGGGAACUGCUGAUGUCAGAAUACUUUGAUGAAAACCAGAGGCAAGACAUCUUUAAAAAAUACAGAGAGGGGAAGCUCACCAUCAAGAUGAUCAUUACAACAGUUCUGGAAGUGAUAGAAAAGUCAGUGAAAACAACUGACGUCAUCUUUGAAGGCAUCAGAGACACUGUUACAGCCAAACAGCUUGUGGAAGCAGAUAUCAUUAGUCAGGAGGUCUUAGAGGACCUCAAGAAGGGAAAGAAAUCUGUGCAGGAAGUCAUUGAAGAUGAAAAUGUAAAUGUGUACUUAAAAGGGAAAGACAGCAUUGCAGGUAUUCUGCUUCCUGAUUCUCAAAUUAUGACCAUCUACCAGGCCAAACAGAAAGGAAAGCUGAUGCCGGGAACUGCUCUGAUUCUACUGGAGGCACAGGCAGCAACAGGGUUCAUUAUUGACCCUAUUGGAAAUAGAAAGUUUUCAGUGGAUGAUGCUGUCAAAGCAAAGAUUGUGGGGCCUGAUGUCUGUCAAAAGCUGCGAUCAGCAGAGAAAGCAGUUACUGGAUACAAAGAUCCAUACACUGGAGAAAUAAUUUCUUUGUUCCAAGCAAUGCAAAAAGACCUGAUCUUAAAAGACCAUGGCAUUAGGCUCCUGGAGGCACAGAUUGCCACUGGUGGGAUCAUUGACCCAGUGAACAGCCAUCGCAUACCUGUCCAUGUGGCCUAUAAGAAGGGGUACUUUAAUGAAGAAAUGAAUCAGAUCCUGGAUGAUCCAAGUGAUGACACCAAGGGAUUCUUUGACCCCAACACCCACGAGAACCUGACAUACUUGCAGCUCAUGGCCAGAUGUGUAACAGAUCCUAGUACAGGCCUAUGCCUCUUACCUCUCAAAGGCAAGAGCAACAAAAUAAAGAUAGAUGACAACAUUAGGGAACUGUUCAAAACAACAAUAGUUACUGUCAAGUACGGUAGGUUCAAGGGCAAACAUACAACACUGUGGGAUCUUAUCAACUCAGAAUAUCUUUCUGAAGACAAACGACAGGAGUUUUUCAAGCUCUUCAGGUCAAGGAAAAUCACAAUUCAGCAACUCACUGAGACCAUUGUAGAGAUCAUUGAGAGCAAGGAGAUACGACAGCAAGAAGGACUGAAGUUUGAAGGUCUCAGAGGAGAAGUCUCUGCUGUGGACCUUUUGGAUCUUGAAAUUGUGGAUGAAAACACCUACAACAGUUUGCUUGCUGGGAACAUGAACAGCACUGAUGUGAUGAAAAUGGACAGUGUGAGAGCCUACCUACAAGGAAAAAGUUGUGUAGCUGGGUUGAUACUACAACCCUCAAAUAAAAAAAUAAGUAUUCAUGAGGCACAGAGAAUUGGGAUUCUUGCACCUGGCACUGCCCUUUGCCUCCUCGAAGCACAAGCAGCUACAGGAUUUGUUGUUGAUCCUUUAAAUAACAAAAAACUUACAGUUGAACAAGCUCUCAAAGAGAAGUUGAUUAGUCCACAAAUGUAUGAAAAACUUUUGUCUGCAGAGAGAGCUGUCACUGGUUACAAAGAUCCAUACACAGGUCAAAAGAUCUCUCUCUUCCAAGCAUUGAAAAAAGAUCUUAUUGUCAAGCAGCAUGGCAUUCGUUUACUUGAGGCCCAGAUUGCUACAGGUGGUAUCAUCGAUCCCUUAAAGUGUCUCCACUUACCCCUUGAAGUUGCAUACAAGAAGGGAUAUUUUGAUGAAGAACUUAAUCAAAUCCUAACAGACCCAACUGAUGACACAAAGGGCUUUUUUGACCCAAAGACAAAAGAAAAUCUGACAUACAUGGAGAUGUUGGGCAGAUGUGUGAAAGAUAAGGAAACUGGACUGUUUCUCCUACCACUGAAUGACACACCAAAAGCUACAGCAACAAAGCAGAAGAUUUAUACUGACACGGAGAUUAAGGAAGAGUUUGAAAAGACAAGUGUCAGCAUAUCUGCAGAUUAG